CGGCGCGGAAGGGGGAGGAUGGAGGCGUGGGAGCCCGCGGCGGUACCCCUCAACCGGUCCCGAGCUGGGGCAGAGUCGCCCCGCGGGGAGUUCAACCUCUCCGGGCUGCCGGAGGCGGAGGGGAAGGCCCUCUUCGGCAUCGGCAUCGAGAACUUCAUCACCUUGGUCGUCUUCGGCUUGAUCUUCACCCUGGGGGUGCUGGGCAACUCGCUGGUGAUCACGGUGCUGGCGAGGAGCAAGCCAGGCAAGCGCCGCAGCACCACCAACAUCUUCAUCCUCAACCUGAGCAUCGCCGACCUGGCCUACCUGCUCUUCUGCAUCCCCUUCCAGUCCACGGUCUACGUGCUCCCCACCUGGGUGCUGGGCGCCUUCAUCUGCAAGUUCAUCCACUACUUCUUCACCGUCUCCAUGCUGGUGAGCAUCUUCACGCUCUCGGCCAUGUCCGUGGACCGCUACGUGGCCAUCGUCCACUCCCGACGCUCCUCGGCCUUGCGUGUUUCCCGCAACGCGCUGCUGGGUGUGGGGCUCAUCUGGGCGCUCUCCUUCGCCAUGGCCUCCCCUGUGGCUCACCACCAGCACCUCUUCCACCGCGAGGCCAGCAACCAGACCUUUUGCUGGGAGCACUGGCCCAACCCACGCCACAAGAAGGUCUACGUGGUUUGCACCUUCGUCUUCGGGUAUCUGCUCCCGCUGCUGCUCAUCUCCUUCUGCUAUGCCAAGGUUCUUAAUCAUCUGCAUAAGAAGUUGAGAAACAUGUCAAAGAAGUCAGAAGCAUCCAAGAAAAAGACAGCACAGACUGUGUUGGUGGUGGUAGUGGUUUUUGGCAUCUCCUGGCUGCCGCAUCACGUGAUUCAUCUCUGGGCUGAAUUUGGAGUUUUCCCACUGACUCAAGCCUCCUUUCUCUUCAGAGUAACUGCACACUGCCUGGCUUACAGCAAUUCCUCUGUGAACCCAAUUAUAUAUGCGUUUCUCUCUGAAAAUUUUAGGAAAGCCUACAAACAAGUCUUCAAAUGCCAGAUAGGUAACGAGUCACCUCUGAAUGAUGCUAAGGAAAAUAAAAGUCGGAUAGAUACACCGCCAUCUACCAACUGUACACACGUGUGAACUUUUCAAAGUCCUGUAUGUUGGCUCUUCAUUUGUGUGAACUAAACACCUAGAAAACAAAGCACAAUGAGCUUUAUCCUGGGUUUAUUUUGAUAAAGCUAAUUGGUAUUUAAUGUACUGAAGUUGCAUUUGUAGCAGAAGUUUGUGAAACUGCUAUGAAAGAACACUGGGCUGAUCCUUUGGAUCUUAGAUAGCUUUGUCAAAUGAAGCUCUUGGACCUUUAAAAGAUGCUUGAGAAAAAAAUGUUGGAGGUGAUAUGUCUGUAUUCCUACUCGCUAAGCAUAUGGUUUGUAAAUGUUCAAAUAUACAAGAAGCGAAUGUUGAUAUGGACAAGUAACUUUAUGACAUCUUACUCUAUCGAAGUGAAGAGAUGGCUAAAUUUUCUGUCUUACAGAUAAUAAAUACCAUAGUACUAUGA